AUGUCGCUACUUGGAAAAGUCGUCCUGAUCACCGGCUCCUCUAGGGGCAUCGGCAAGGCAACUGCGCUUCGCGUCGCCAGCGAGGGUGCCAACGUCGUAAUCAACUACAUCAACGACGUUGCCACAGCCAAUAGUCUUGUAGACCAGAUUGGCCCCGACCGUGCGCUGGCGGUCCAAGCUGAUGCCUCCAAGCUGUCCGACCUCGAUCGUCUCGUCGAAACAGCGGUCGCAAAAUUCGGGAAGAUCGAUGUGGUCAUUCCAAACGCCGGAAUCCUUCCAUUGAAAGACUUGGAGAGUACCAGUGAGGAGGACUUUGACAGAACCUAUAACUUGAUGGUGAAAGGGCCGUACUUCCUCGCUCAGAAAGCAGUGAAGCACAUGCCACCCGGCGGGCGAAUCAUCUUUGUCUCCAGCGGAACUGCUCGCUACUCGAGCGUGUCCCCUGCAUACCUCCUCUACACAUCCUCCAAAGGCGCAAUCGAGCAGAUGACCCGUAUCAUGUCCAAGGACUUGGCGCGGAAGGGCAUCUCGGUGAAUGCAGUCGCCCCUGGGCCAACAACCACUAAACUCUUCCUCGACGGAAAGUCGGAGCAGCUUCUCAAAGCCAUUGCUGGAUCCAGUCCUUUCAAUCGGAUUGGUGAGCCCGAGGAAAUUGCGGCAGUCAUGGCCUUCUUGUGUGGGAAGGAUAGUAGCUGGAUCUCUGGUCAGAUUGUGGGUGUGAAUGGAGGUAUGGCAUAA